AGGUUGCGUAGAGAACCCUACUGAAGUACAAUCGACGAGCAGUAGCGUCUAGACAAACACUGCCCCCAAGCCGGUUUCCAAUGCAUCAGCUUUCUACAGUAGAGGGCGCCAGAUUGCUGGUUACUCUGCCACGGAUGCAUUGCUACAAUCAAGGCAAACCAACUCUAACGUCACGGUAAAGCGUACCCCUGGAUUCCUGAGCGUCUCUAACUCAAAGAGGUUGUACCCGAUCACAAGCUACCCGGCUGGAGGCAGAAGAGCAUCCCCACAGCAGUCAAGACGUCUCAGAUCAGUCUACAAGGAUUCUCAAAUCUUGGUAAUACGUGUUACAUGAACGCCAUUCUCCAGUCGCUAUUCUGUCUGGAAUGCUUCACUGCAGACAUGCAGAAUCAAGACAUCAUUCCACUCAUGCAGAAAUCAAGUCUCUACUGGGGGUCCAGUUCUUCCCACAACAGCCAAUGCGGGCACAGUCCAGCAUCAAUGGACGUGUAGAGCAGACGAACGAAACGGAAUUUCUAGUUUUACCAGCUCUAAAUCUGCCAACAGAAGAUGAUGUAGACCUUUUAUUUCAGUGCAAAAGCUGCCCAGUGGAUUUUUAUCAACAGUCGAUGUAUAGCACUGAUGUAGUCCAAGAUGGCGGCAAGUCACCAUCGGAGGAGCAGGGGGGACCGCUACACCUCUAAUAUCAGCUCAACAUCUGGCAUCUUGGAGUACAGCUAUGUGCAUGAUGCAAAUACAAAUGGUGCCCGUAAUGGCAAUGGCUUCACUGUACGCAAACAGCCAGUCAUGCAAGCAUCUCAGAUAUCAGAUCUCUUGAAGAGGAAGAUUGCAUUUCUAUCAGGAGGGAAAGAUAGACGAGGUGGACCAAUCAUAUCCUUCCCAGCCCAGUCUUCAGAAGUCUCUUUAGAGGACAUUGCCACAAGUGUGUCGUAUCUUGCCACGAUACCAAGUGAGGAGGCAAGAGAGCAUGGCUACAGUAUCAUCACUGACAUGCGGGCUUCCACCUGGCAGUCACUCAAGGCAUUCUUCAAAGUACUACAGGAAGCAAUACCAAGCGGCAUACACUCUGUGUACGUCAUCAAACCAGAUGCGUUUUGGGAAAGUAAGAGAGCCAGUCUCAGCCUGAAGAAGGACAAACCACAGUAUGGAUUUGAGACCCUAAUGUUGUCCAAUCUCUCCAAACUGACAAAGUUUAUUGACCUCGGUGACCUAACUGAAGACUUUGGAGGAACCCUGCCCUACAAUCACACUGAAUGGGUUCAGAACAGACAAGACUUUGAGAAGUUUAUCAAGGAUGCUGAAGUGGUACAAAAACGUUUCGACCAGGCUAACGAGGAGGUACUGUAUCGGAGACAGGAUGAACAUCUCUCACCGGAGGACCUUAUUAGGAGACACAGGAGACUGCGAGAGGUUGUCAUCAAUCAGCCAAGUGGUGUCUUACAGCUUGGGCAUGCUUUAUUGAGACGGCUAAAGGAAGAUGCAGAUUCUGGCUUCAGGAGGGACGUCAAGGACCAGAGUGGUCUGACCGAGGAUCAAGUCAGGCUACAGGGUCAAGUGGAACAGGUCCUGGAGGACCUACAAGACAAACAGAGUAAACUCAAGAUAUACCUGACAGAUCGGGACCGAGAGCUUGGGGUCAAUAUGGACCUCAGCGAACUGGAAGGUGGGAUCAAAAAGGUUGUUGAUUGGAUCGUCGGACCAGGGGAGAAACUUCUUGCGUCCCAGGUCAAAAUCGGAAACUCUCUCAGCGAGGCCGAUCAGCUCAGGAGAGAGCAUGAAAAACUUGAACUGAAAUGCACGGAUACCUACGGUAACUUUGCUGAGCUGAGACACAUCGCUGAUAGUAUGAUUAAGCAGGGACACCCCAGAGCGGAUGACAUCAGUGCACAGAAGGAUUACAUGGAUACUGUGUGCAGGAGUUUUGCCUCUAGGCUUGAGAGACGACGGAACCUGCUCAUAUGCUCAGUCAGAUUCCAUAGACUAGCUGAACAGUGUUUUGCCAAGAUGGACAUUCUUUUAGAGAUAUGUGUAACUGAAAUCACUGUUGAGACAGUAGAAAGUGUCGAGAAAGCUCUAAGAGAGUUGAAUGAACAGUCAGAGGCAGUUGCCUAUGCAGCUGAAGAUGGCAAAGAAGAAGGCCACUCCCUCCUAGACAUGCUGUCCCUCCCCGUCAAGAACGCCUUCGGUAAAGACAUCACCCCGGACUACUCCAUCCAGAAGGGACACGUAGAGCAGCUCCUGGCAGAGCUCGGGGACCGUAAGGCGAGGUGUGACGAGAUGUCUGAUAUGAGGAAACUCAAACUGCAGCAGGUCCUACAGCUGAGAACCUGUGAGAGAGAUGCAGACCAGGCCAUAGCUUGGCUCCAGGAGUUACUGCAAGUCAUGCUUUCACAGCAUGUAGAUAUCGGACGUACUGCAGCAGAGGCGGAGAAUCUACGCAAGGAUCACAACAAGUUUGAGGAUACAGCAAGGGGUACAUACAGCUAUGGUAAAGAGUUACUGAGUGCAGCCCUUGUGCUUAGACGAUCCCUACGCUACGACCCGGAACCCAACCACGAAAAAGCGCAAAUACUGGAGCGAGCGUGGAGACGAUUCUCACAGGGACUUGGAGAGAGGGCGUCCAGGCUUUCUGUGUCCCAUAUGUUCCAGAGAAAUGCUGAGAAGCUGAUUGACCAAAUGGACCGAGUGUGCCUUGAGCUUGCCCCCCAGAUCACCUCGUCUGACCCCCACACUAGCCAACGACUCCUACAGGCCUACACCCCACGACGAGACUCACUGCUAAGAGACUAUGCUGAUACUAUGGCCAUGGGUAGAGCUCUGCUAGAUCGUAUGGUGCUACCGAUCCUCUCACCAGACAGAACUGUCAAGUCUCCACGGGCAACCGUUCCAGACGAGCUCCAACCCCAAGUGACCAACAUCAGCCAGAGACUUUCAGAACUCGAAGCCAAGAAACGAGAGAUGGAUAAGAUCUGGGGUCACCCGGUCAGUUCCAGUUCCCCAGGGUGGCAGCGCUCCAGUUCACAGCGCUCCAUCCCAGACUGGCAGGAUGUCACCCAGAGGAGGGAUGUCCGUGAGCCUGUGUCCCUUACGCGCAGAGAAGACAGUCAAAUGCCACCACCAACUCGAAUGACCCAAGGGAGACAAGAUCCCAGACAAGAUCCCAGACAAGUGACCUCUCUGGACAGAAGGACCCCCAAUGGUAGCGGACGGAUUGGUCCGAGCCACCAGAGGGGUCCAAGUUAUGACAGAUACAACCAAGAGCCAGAGAGGAUGGACACUUCACCGAGUCGAACAUCAGGUCCAGUUGAUGAGGGAGGGCGCAGGCUAGCCUCUCCUCAAAUGUCUUCCCCGCAUAUUCGUACGCCUUCCGUAAGUGUGUCUUCCCCUCAUGAUAGCAUGUCUCCGCCUGGUUUUAGGCAGCCUCCCAACCGCAGACCAACCAGUCGACCUGGUUCGGUGGACGAGCCAAUCAGGGCAGUGGCUGUAGCUCCGGUUCAGUCUGCCCCUCCUCCUAUAUCGAGACCAACACCACCUAAUGGCAGGAUUGCCCCGCCUCCCAAUGAGAACGGUCAACCACCGUCGUCGCACACUUCACCAAGAGGUGGCAAGCCUGAAGACGAUGCAUUGAGAAAGUUGAAUGAAUUUGAAGCAAUGGUUUAUGAGUCCACAGAAUGGAUUCGUGUAAAGGUGGAGGAGAUGAACCCAAAGAUGACCGACGUUGGCCAAAACCUUGAAGAAGCUCUGCAGCUCCGACAACAGCAUAAUGAAAUGCUCAAACAACUAGCGGCCAAGCAGCAGCAUGUGAAUAGCUUGUUAACCCAAGCAGACUUCCUAGUGUCCACCCAGCAGUUCUAUGAAGAUGUCUACGAGGCCAUGGCCCAGUCCCUUGGUGAGGCUUGGAAGGAUCUUAAUCUACAGCUGGAGGAGAGGAGACAACUCUUAGAUCAGGCUGUGGCCUUCCAUCAAAAUGCUGCCGAGUUUUCCGAUAAACUUGACAAGGCCAACGCCCUGUUCCGCAACCCAGACCUUCCUGCUAGUAUACCCGCUGCAGACAAACUCAUGCAGGAUCAUCAUGAGGCCAGAAAAGAUGUCUUGACCUCCUCUAUGCAUACCAUGAACCUGGGCAAGGAUCUCUUGGAACACCUCCAUGAGAUGAGUAAAGAUGCCUCCCCAGGAGACAAGGCAGCCACCAAGGACUCCUCCCUAGGCAUCCAGAAUGUCUUGGAGGAUCUACAGGAGAGACGGAAGGGGCUGGAGGAACUCUGGAAUAAACAGAGGAGGCGGCUGGAGCAGUACAUCGCUCUGAGUGAGAUUGACCAGGAGGUUAAUCAGAUCUCGGAUUGGUUCAAGACGAGGGGAGAGGAGUAUCUAAAGAGAAAGGACGUAGGGGAGGAUGCACCGUCGACUGAGCGGCUCUUGAAGGAACAUCUUAACUUUGAGACAUCUGCACAGGACAUGCAAAACAACGUGCAUCGCUUACGACAGACCGCUGAGCAGAUCUCUCACUCCAAUCCCGAGCAUACAGACCACCUCCGCAGCCAGACGAGGGCAAUUGAGACGCUCUGUGAUGACUACAUGCGCCGUCUGGCCAACAGAGGGCGCUUACUACAGGCCACUCUGGACUUUUACAAGAACGCUGAACUUGCCCAGACUUACCUUUCACAGGUUGAGAUUCAGCUGAGCCCGGGUAAGCUUCCCGAUGAGCCGCACAGUAAAGCAGCACGCUUUGCCCAGCUCGGUAACGCAGUGGCUGAGAUAUCGGAACCAGUCAUCCAGGAAGGGCAUACGCUUCUGGAAAGGGUCGGCAAAGGGGUUCCGGGGUCAAAGGGCAUCAAGGACAAAGUGGAUCUGCUUGAGUCUCAGUCCGAGCAUCUGCAGUCAGAAUGCAGCCCGGAGGCCCAGCAUCGAUCCUCACUCCAGGUCACCUUUGAUGAGAACUACGCCGUCAUCGUUAAGUGGCUGGUCAAUGUGGCCGAUACCUUCCUAUCGGCCUGUACUGACAUGGGCGAUCAGCUCCAGACCAGUAUGGACUUUCAGGACGGUCAUCAGAGGCUCAUGAAUGAUAUACUGGACCGGACGAAGCAAGUUGACACAGUCUUCAAGACAUCUGCCCAGUUGUUCCCGACCCUUCAUGAUCGCGACCAGAUCAACGCUCUGCAGAAUCGCUGUGAUAAACUCCAGCAGCACUGGUCUGGCGUGACCGUGUGCGUAGACAAACGUCUGCACUGUAUUCAGAUACUCAUCAAGUUCCAUAAACUCACCAAGCAGUUGACUAACUCGAUGGAGAACAUGGAGGAGCAGUUGAACUGUUACAUCAGUAUGGAUGCCCCGGACAUUCCCGCUAAGACGGUACAGACUAUGCAAGAGAAAUGGGGAAUCCUUAUUGAGAUACACACUCAACUCAAACAGACUGGGGACAACUUCAUCUCUGAGGCCUCAUCCAUAAGAAACGAUCCUGAACUGGACAUCACAUCCUCCAAGAUGUACGUCUCCAACGUUCUGAGGAGUUUUGAUGAGCGUAAGAAUCAUCUGAGCAGCCUGUAUGACAUGCUGACCAAACGCCUCAGCUCAGGACAACUCUUCCUGACCAAGUGGCAGAAAUUUGUACAAGAUGCCAGACAGACCAUGGACAAGGCUCAUAGGACGGAGGCUGAGUACUACCCACAAGUCGCCUCUGAUCUUAGCAGAAACCCAAAGGAUGCAAAGGGACUGCACGGAAGAUUGGAUGAGUUUGAAGACAUCGCAAAGAGAGUUGGUGAUGAGCUGCAAGAUUGCAUCAAGACGGCCGACUCCCUGGGCCAGAAGGGGAAUACGAAGGGCGGUCGGGAACAUCUUAUGGAUGACCUCUCUAAACUGUAUCAUCACUUCUUGGACCGAACUGGGAAAUACCGUACACUGCUAAGGAUGACUGUGGGCUUCUAUGAUGAUGACAACAAGUUGAAUAAAACCAUGGAUGAUGCAGAGAAGGAGCUGCAAGUUCCUUUCACUCCUACGAAGGUCUCGGAGGCAAGCAUCCGUCUGAAGAGGUUGGAAGACCAGAAGAAAGAUGUAGAUGACAAGUUCGACAAGGUGGUACAGAAGGGAGAAGGCGUGAUCGUCGGAAUCCAGAAGAUUGAUCCAGUGUUUGUCUCCAAGGCUGACAUUGAGCUGGCCCUCCACAAGACCGGCAUGAGGAAAGAUCGACUGUUCACCAAUCUGGAACAACAGAAGAGAAAGCUUGACAACUCCAAGGGUCUCUCUGAACUGCAACUCCAUAAAUCUGAGCUUACCAAGACCCUUUCCCAAGCUCAGAAGGACCUGAAAGGUAUGCAGGGUGACUAUGGGGACACUGAGGAAGCAGCGAUUGUCAACCUCCGUAGAUUUGACGACUGGAGGGCACAGGUUGAGCCUGUAGAGCAUGAACUCAAGUCGUUCAUCAGCUCGGCUAACGUCAUCCUGAGGCAGAAUCCCCCAGAGUCUCCUACCAUCCGACAUGACAUGGAUCAGUUGAGCAGGCAGUGGAAUACGCUGAAUGUAGACAUGGAUGACCAUCGAGAGAAACUCCUACUGGCAAUUGAGUUCCAAAGGUUGUAUAAAACGACCGUGGAGUGGCAGAACAAGGGUAAUGAGAUACUAUUGGCCAUCGGUCGUAGGGUCCCCCUCUGCCAGACUGAGGAAGAAGCCCACCAGCUGAUGGAUGAGGUGGAUGAGUUCUUAGAGAAAGGAGACAAACCCCAGAAGGCCAGACUGCAGAAACUCAAUGACAUCGCAAGAGAACUCUACGGCCCUAAUUCACCAGUAUUCGUGAGCCAAUUGAACAACCUCUACCUUGAGAACAAACGACUAGCGUCGGCCUUCCAGAACAAGAACGACGAGCUGUUCCAUCUUGCCGACCGCCUGGAGGAAGACAAGAAGAAAAAGAAGAGGGAAGCAGCGGAGAAUCGCAGGAAAGCUGAGGAAGAGCGGAGGGCGAAGGAAGCUGUGCCUCUGCCUCCAGUACUCAAGACUUCCUUGGGAAAUGUUGAGCUUUCCAAACCACCCGUAGUUGAGAAGCCCUUGGCUAAGUCAGAGCAUAAGCCGUCCUACGAUCUGAACCUUGAUGCCCUACGUGAACCUCAAGAUGAUGAGGUCAUUGUCAAAGAAAGCGUUGGACCAGUUGAGUCUUCCCCACCCGUAGUGUUUGAGGAGCCCCUGUCCAAGGCUGAACUGAACCCUUCCUUUGCACAGUUGGAUCUGAGUGAGCUUGUAGCAGCUGUUGAUGAGUCUUCCCCGCCUGUAGUGUUUGAGGAGCCCCUGCCCAAGGCUGAGCUGAACCCUCCCUUUGCACAGUUGGAUCUGAGUGAGCUUGAUGCAGCUGUUGAUGAGCUGGCUUUGCCCGAGUCUGACUAUGAGCAACCCACCCACAAUGGCCGACCCUCUAACGGUCUCGAACAUGAUCAAGACAUGAAUGAACCUGAAGAGGAAUAUGACCAUCUUUUACAUAUUGUCGUAUUACCUGAGACAAAACCCAAAUAUGGCAAGAAGUUCCCAGCUCCGGAGGUACAAGAAGUAAAGCCACGAGAGACCCUGCCGUACUUCACAAGAAUCACACGUGACAGUAGCGUCAAAGAAGGACGAUUUGCCACCUUCGACUGCGUCGUCAAAGGUGAUCCAGAACCAGAUGUCUUCUGGGAGAAGGACGGCGCCCAGCUGGAGGAGACCCACGAGAUGAAGAUGGAGUUUGGAGAGGACGACUCCUGCACGCUGAACUUCACACCGGCUAAACCGUACAUGCAGGGGACGUACGUCUGCAAGGCGGUCAACAGUGUUGGCGAGGCAAUCUGCUCGGCAAAGCUGACUGUCAUGCCCUCCUUUGAGAAGAUCGUUCCUGAGCACGAGUCUGUGGUGUCGUCAGGUCGUAUCGAUCUGGCUUCAAACAAGGCACCAAAGUUCACCUGGACACCUGGAGAUCAGACCAUAGAUGAGGGUAAACCCUUCACUCUGUCAGUAGACGUUGAAGCAGAGCCACCUGCAACUGUCUCUUGGACUAAAGAUGGUGAGAAUCUCGGAGAUGACUUCUAUCGCUUCAAGCAAGACAGGAAGACCCACUCUCUGAUCAUCGAUGAUGUGCUACCAGAGGAUGAAGGGACUUACAUUGCUACAGCUACAAACCCAGUGGGCAGAGCUGAAUGCACCAUCCAGAUCACUGUCAAUGAGGGUGGCUCUUCUCCUCAUUUCAUGAGCCCUCUUCAAGACCUGAACGUGACCGAGGGAGAUCAGCUCCAGCUCCAGUGUAAACUGACCGGGGAUCCAACCCCGUCUGUCCACUGGUACAAAGACGGCUCAUGCAUCGACGACAACCCCGACUACGACAUUACUAGAGACAGACAAGGGGUGUGUACUCUGACCAUCGAGGAGGUGUUCAAGGAUGAUGCUGGAAGGUUUACUUGCAAGUCGCAGAAUCAGUUUGGAGGAGACGAGACGUCGUCCAAGAUCACUGUGACUGCCCUGGAUGCAGACAGACCGCCCGAGUUCAUCUCCAAACUGCAGCUAAAAUCUCCUCUCAAAGAGCACCAGCCCUGCCGUUUAGAGGGUAAAAUCUCUGCCCAGCCACCACCUACAGUCUCCUGGUACAAAGACGGCAAGUCCAUUAGGAACAAACCACGCUACAAGACGUCCUUUGUGCAGGAUAUCGCCAGCUUGGACAUCCUGGAGGUGCUGCCUGAGGAUGCUGGGGUGUAUGAGUGUGUGGCUUCCAAUCCUGCCGGAACGACCAAGUCAAAGGUUGAACUUAUGGUGCCUGCUUACGACAAACGCCCAGAUUUUGCCACCAAGCUUCAGCUCACCGAACCCCUGAGAGACGGCCAACCCUUCCGCAUUGAGUGCCAGGUAUCGGCCAAACCCACCCCCACCAUCUCAUGGUACAAGGACGGCAAGCCGCUCUUUGACGAUAAGAAGUACAGGUCAUCCUUUGUGAAGGGCAUGGCUGGUCUGGACGUCCAAGAUGCUGUUCCUGAGGACUCUGGGGUGUAUGAGUGUGUUGCGUCUAAUCCAUUGGGUACAACUAGAACUAAAGUUGAGGUCAUGGUACCAGGUUAUGAGAAGCCAAAGGCUCCGGAGUUCACCUCCAAGUUGCAGCAAGCUGAGCCUCUACAAGAAGGGCGACCGUACCACAUUGAGUGUAAGGUCUCAGCCCAGCCAAUGCCCACAGUCUCCUGGUACAAGAACGGCCGACCCAUCGAUCAUCAACCUCGAUACAGAACGUCCUUCAUGAAGGGGGUUGCCUGUUUGGAUAUACAGGAUCCAGUGCCAGAGGAUGCAGGAGUCUAUGAAUGUGUAGCCUCAAAUCCUUCUGGUGUAGCCAGAACCGAGGUCUUGGUGCCAGCCUUUGAGAAGCCUCCAGAGUUCACCUCCGAGUUGCAGCAAGCUGAGCCUCUACAAGAAGGGCGACCGUACCACAUUGAGUGUAAGGUCUCAGCCCAGCCAAUGCCCACAGUCUCCUGGUACAAGAACGGCCGACCCAUCGAUCAUCAACCUCGAUACAGAACGUCCUUCAUGAAGGGGGUUGCCUGUUUGGAUAUACAGGAUCCAGUGCCAGAGGAUGCAGGAGUCUAUGAAUGUGUAGCCUCAAAUCCUUCUGGUGUAGCCAGAACCGAGGUCUUGGUGCCAGCCUUUGAGAAGCCUCCAGAGUUCACCUCCAAGUUGCAGCAAGCUGAGCCUCUACAAGAAGGGCGACCGUACCACAUUGAGUGUAAGGUCUCAGCCCAGCCAAUGCCCACAGUCUCGUGGUACAAGGACGGCCGACCCAUCGAUCAUCAACCUCGAUACAGAACGUCCUUCAUGAAGGGGGUUGCCUGUUUGGAUAUACAGAAUCCAGUGCCAGAGGAUGCAGGAGUCUAUGAAUGUGUAGCCUCAAAUCCUGCUGGUGUAGCCAGAACCGAGGUCAUGGUGCCAGCCUUUGAGAAGCCUCCAGAGUUUACCUCCAAGAUGCAGCAAGCAGAGCCCCUUCUCGAAGGACGCCCGUACCGCAUCGAGUGCGAGGUCUCUGCCCAGCCGACACCCGAGAUCUCCUGGUACAAGGACGGCCAACCCGUUGAGAAUCAGCCCCGGUACAGGACAUCCUUUGUGAAGGGGAUCGCCUUUUUGGAUAUAGAAGAUGCCGUACCAGAGGAUGCUGGGGUCUACGAAUGUGUCGCCUCCAAUCCAGCCGGAGUAUCCAGAACUACAGUGGAGGUCAUGGUACCAGCCUUUGUUAACAAGACCAUACCACCAGAGUUCACCUCCAAGCUCCAGGUAGCUGCCCCGAUCACAGAGGGACAGCCCCUCCAUCUUCAAUGCGAAGUAGUGGCCGAGCCCGAGCCGACGGUGACGUGGUACAAAGAUGGCAAACCUGUCAGGAACAAGCCGUCUUACAAGACGAGUUACACGAAGGAUAUCGCCGUGCUGGAUGUGGACAGAGUCACCCCUGAGGAUGCUGGGAUCUACAAGUGUGUAGCCACAAAUACUGUUGGGUCAGUCAGUACAACGGUGGAAGUUAUGGUUGCAGGUCUACCAAAGUCAACCGGAGGACCUCCACUAUUCACCACCAAACUCCCAGAGGAGACUGUGGUUGUAGACGAAGGGAAGCCUUUGGAACUGAAAUGCUCAAUCAGCGCCAAGCCCCUGCCAUCGGUCGCUUGGUAUAAAAACGAGAGGACCAUACGUAACUUCCCGCCCUACAAGAUUACCUUCGUCGGUGGCGUAGCUACCUUGAAGGUGCCUAAAACAGAGAAGGAUCAGGCCGGUAGUUACAAAUGUGUAGCUUCAAACUCCAAUGGUAUAGUGACCUCCAAAGCAGAAGUCGUCGUCAAAGGCCUUCCCAAGAAGCAGCCAGGAGUUCCUCCCAAGUUCACCUCAAGACUCCCUGAGGAGACCAUAGUAGCCCAAGAAGGGAAGCCCCUGGAACUUAAAUGCUCCAUCAGCUCCACUCCUCCAUCCACUGUUAACUGGUACAAGAACGAGAGAUCAGUGAGCAACUAUCCACCUUACCAGAUCUCCUUUGAUAAGGGCGUGGCCUCGCUGAACAUCCAGAAGACCGAACCAGAGCAUGCUGGAAGUUAUAAGUGUGUUGCUACCAAUCCAACAGGGUCGGUCACCUCAACGGCAGAGGUGAUGGUAGAAGCUCUACCCAAAGAGCAGCCAGCAGAACCUCUCACAUUCACCUCCAGGCUCCCCGAUGAGAUGGUCGUAGCCGAAGAAGGAAAACCCCUUGAGCUCAAGUGUGCCAUCAGCUCCUCUGACCAGCCGCCCAAAGUUACAUGGUACAAGGAUGAGCGAUCUAUCGGCAACUAUCCACCGUACGAGAUUUCCUUUGAUAAGGGCGUGGCCAUCAUGAGGAUUCGCAUGACUGAUAUGGAGCAUGCUGGUAGCUACAAGUGUGUUGCGUCCAGCCCGGCUGGAGUGGUCACAUCCACUGCUGAGGUCAUGGUACAAGCUCCUGAUGUAUCCUCUUCCGACGAUAUGGAUACAUCUCGAAGACCGACCUGCAUCAACAUGGCAACUGAGGAGACAGUGAUGGUGAACCCAGGAGAGGAACUCCGUCUGACCAUCCGCAUCUCAGGCCUGCCUCCUCCUCAUGUCAAAUGGUUCCGCAACGAGAGGGAGGUUGUGGAAACCGAAACGGUUGAGUGUGUGAAGUACACUGAGACUUGGUCUAAGGAGAUCAAGAGACACAAGGAGAUUUAUUCCUUGGUCAUCAAAGAUGCUCAACCUGACGAUUCAGGCACAUACAAGGUGGUCGCCACAAAUGCGGCUGGAGUGGAGUCUAACGCAGUCACCAUCGAUGUGUCUGAGAAGCCAGCAACUCAUGUGACCAGCUUACAGCUGCAAACCACACCCAAGAUUUCACGCCAGCCUGUGUUUGUAGAGAGUCUCCAGCAGACCACUGAAGUCGUUGAAAGUGCUCAAGUGCGAUUGGAGGUCCUCAUCGUUGGUAACCCGCCACCCAAGGUCACAUGGCAUUUCAAAGAUCGUCCUAUCCGUGAGUCAUCAGAUGAGUACGAAUUCCAACAUCUAGGCAACAAGUAUGCCCUCAUUGUCAAGAAACCCAGCUCCACGGACGCGGGUACAUACUACUGUGAAGCUGAGAACCCUCAUGGGGCUGUCAGAUCUGAGUGUCAUCUCGUAAUCAAAGAGAAAGUGCCACCAGAUUUUGUGCUUCCACUUGAGAGCAUAGCCGCCACUGAAGGGGAUGUCAUUAACUUUGAAGGGAGAGUCAAAGGUUCUCCAAAACCAGAUAUCAAAUGGUUCAAGGAUGAGAAGCCAGUGUUUGAAACAUCUCGAGUGAGGUUUGUCAAAGAAGGAGAUAAGAUUGGUCUUCUUAUCAUUCACGUCAGGCCCUUAGAUGCCGGUAACUAUAAAGUGAUUCUUACCAACAUGUUUGGGCAGUCCACGUCAUCGGCUGUACUCAGUGUCGAUGUACCAAGGACACCACCAGACUUUGUGGAGCCGCUGGUUGACCAGUCUGCCGCAGUGGGAGAGAGAGUGGAGUUCCACUGCCAGAUCUCUGGAGAUCCUCAACCAGAGGUCCUAUGGUCUAAAGACGGGACAGAGAUCACAUCUAGCGCACAUAUUCAGGUAUCAUCUCAAGGGUUGAGUCAUGUUCUCAUCUUCCCAGAGGUGAGUCUUGAAGAUGCGGGAACUUACAGCGUCAAAGGAAGCAACGAUGCAGGAGAUUGCACCUCAGUGGCUCAGCUACGAAUUGGAUCGGAAACCACUACUAAUGCCCCACGCUUUGUCCGUGCUUUCGGUGAUCGCAAUACCUUCGAGGGCGACAUUGUACGCUUCGACUGCCACAUCCAGGGCGACCCCAAGCCAGAGGUCGCCUGGUUCAAGGACGGCGUCAAAGUCAACCAGGGUGUGUUCCAGAUCUCGGAGGAGGGCGAGAAGCACUCUCUCAUCAUCGGGGAGGUGUUCGACGAAGAUGCUGGCGUGUACCAGUGCCAGGCCAAGAACAAGCGCGGACAGACCACGUGCUCCGCUGUUCUUAAGAUUGGAGGUCCUUCACGUCUCAUCAAGACCAAAGAAUCUGACAGUCUUGAAACUACUUCAACCACCACAGUGACCGCUAUGUCCGGUCAAAGGUCAAAGUUCAAGGAAGACCCUCCCAAGUUUAGCCAGCCUGUCAAGAGUGAGUCAGUUGCCGGAGGAAAGUCGGCGUCCUUCGAGGCAAUUGUUCAAGGCAACCCUGAGCCGAGUGUCAGAUGGUACAAAGAUGACACUGAGCUGAGAAACUCUCCCAAAUAUCAGAUCAGCUUUAGGUCCGGCCGCGCCUCGCUACGCCUCCCCAAAACUGCCGCUGGCGAUGCGGGCAAGUACAAGUGCGAGGCUAAGAACCCUCUGGGUUCGGCCGUGUCGACAGCUGAGCUGGUAGUUAAAGAUGCUACCGAAGCACCAGUCUUCACUCAACGCUUGCAAAGUCAGCAGGCGACCGAGGGGGACAAGGUUAGCUUCGAAGCGACCGUCAAAGGACUCCCUGCCCCUACCAUCUCAUGGUUCCAUAACAAGGACGAGCUGAAAUCUUCCGCAGACAUCCAAAUCUCCAGGGAAGGCGAGCGAUGCACGCUUACUUUUCCUGAAGUAUUUGACGACGAUGCGGGAGAGUAUUCAGUCCGGGCGGAGAAUCCUGCAGGAAUGGCGUCCUGUCAGGCACAACUCACCGUCAAGAGUGCAGCACCAGGCCAGAAAGCUGCGGGCGUCAGAGAGAAGGAAGUGAGUCCAGUUAAGACUGCUGAAACACAGAAUGCACCACCACCACCACCACCACCACAGCAAAGUGUUCAGCAGUCUGCUCCAGUAUUCACUAAGACUCUAUCUGAUGCCCAAAGCAACGAGGGCCAAUCCACCACAUUAUCAUGCACCCUCAAGGGACAACCCCAACCCAGUGUCAACUGGUUCCGAGAGGGAGCUAAGAUUGAGCCCAGCCUGGACUUUGAGAUGAGUUACAGCAACGGUGUUGCCACGCUGACCAUACCUGAAAUCUUCACCGAUGACGCCGGGACGUUUACUUGCACCGCUACCAACCCAGCCGGGAGCAAGUCUACAACCUGCAAGCUGACGGUCAAAGGAUCCGGGAAACCACAAACUAAUGCCCAAAACGGCGCCCCAUCAUCUGACGGCAAGAUGACAGAGGGCGAUACCAAACCAGAGUUCACCAGAGAGAUACAGCCUGUGAGAUUCAACGAAGGGAUGAGUGCCCGCUUUGAGUGUGUCGUCACCGGCAGACCAUUCCCUGAAAUCGUAUGGUUGAGGAACGGUGCCCCAAUUGCUGGGUACAGAUUCAUCCCAAGACAAGACAUGAAGACAGGAUUUGUGUCGUUGGAGAUUACGAUGCUUCUAGAUGAUGAUAUCGGAGAGUAUACGUGUAUCGCUAAGAAUGCUACCGGACAAGCUGUCUGUCAAGCCCUCAUCAUGAAAGAUGGUGACUACAACCGUUGGGCAAGGCAGAGGUACAACGAGGAUGUCCGUUCCCGACCAAACGAACAGAGAGUGAAUGUCAACCGCUCCAUGAGUGACGGAGAUGGACCUUUAAGGGACCAUCCUCAUGGGAGCAGUACCGAUGUGGACGGCAAUGUCUACCAUGAUGCUGAUCACGAGGAGUUUAAAGUGUCACCGUUUGAGAGACGCUUAUUGAAAGAAGUCCAGUUGAGGGAAAGGUCUUCUGACCCGUCCCCUCCUCGACCCGCUGAUCAGGUGUAUAAACCAUCGCCAUUUGAGACCAGACUACAGAAGGAAAUCAAACUGAGAGAUCGUCGAACGUCAGAAGAUCAGCCUGAUAUGCCUUCUCUAGGGACAUUUAGCGUUCCCAAUUUUGAGGCAAAACUCCUCCAGGAUCCCAACCUACCGGGCCUGGUUACCGAGACGGAGACUGAGACCGAAAUGGAAUCCGGCAUGGACACAGACACUGAACGGUCUGGCGCUCCGUGUUUCAUCAAAGAUUUGAAGAACUUUAAAGUGCUAGAGGGGAGCCCAGUUACUUUCAGCUGUAGAGUUCAAGGGUCACCCAAACCAACAAUUCAGUGGUACAAGAACGGACAGCCGGUCAUACGAUCGACACGCUUGGACGUCAAGACCACUGAAGGUUUCUGUUCACUGCGUAUUGAGAUGGUCCUGCCCGAAGACAAAGGAGCCUACACCAUCUUUGCCUCCAGUCCCAAGGGGCGGGCUGUCUGUACAGGGAGACUCUACGUGGAGCGAGUUGACGAUAACGAUAUGCCACAACACAUGAAGGGUGUCUUGGCGCACAGAGUUAGAGAAGAAACACAAGAGUAUCAGAUCCCCGAGCGCGGUGCUCCGGACAGCCAGGUGAAUGAAAGACACUACAAGCCAAACUUCAAGGAGAUUCCCAGCGACUUGAUCGUCAAGGAAGGAAAGAUUGCUCGCUUCAACUGCCGCGUUAAGGGUAGACCUCCACCAGAUCUCAUCUGGUUCAGGGACGACGAACGUGUGUACAGCGAUCCCAACCACAGGAUGAUUGUGAAUGAGGGUGGAGUCCAUUCUCUACUCAUUGCAUUCGCUAGACCAGAAGACAGCGGCCUCUAUCGCUGUGAAGCCAAGAACAGAGCUGGACAGGCAAAGUUCACUGUCGGCCUCUCUGUAGAAGCCAAGCAGCACCUUGUUGCCCCGUCCUUCAUCGAUCGUAUCGAGAAUGUGUCUGUGAUGGAAGGCGAACCAAUCUCUCUAGGUUGCAAGGUCAACGGGUCACCCUCGCCACAGGUCAACUGGCAGAAAGAUGGUCAUCAUAUCACCAGGGGAUUCAAAAACUUCAAGAUUGAGAUGCUGAAGGGUGAGUGUAGCCUGUCAAUAGAGAGGACCAAUCGCUCUGAUAGUGGCUGGUAUACAUGCACUGCAUUCAACUCGGCUGGCCGUGUCUCCUGCAGAUGUAAAGUACAAGUAUCAUAUAAACCACCUGUCGGUAGGAUGGCCGGUACACCACAACCACUGGUGAAGAAGAAGUCUUCCAAUCAACAAAGUAGAGCUCCAGCUGCUGACUCCCCGUCUGCUGGUUCCAUCUUCACGAGACCUGAUCAGUACCCUGACGAUGAAGCCUUCCCCAAGACACCCGAGCCUCGCUUCACCGUACCCCUGAAUGAUGUCCAUAAGAAGGAAGGUGAAGAUGCUCGCUUCGGAUGUCGUCUUGAACCUGCCAACGAUGAGACGAUGAGAGUGGAAUGGCUGAAGAACGGAAUGCCACUCUUUGCUGGCUCAAGGAUCAAGACGAGCAAUGAGUUUGGAAUCUGCAUGUUGGAGAUUAAGGGAAUCUACCCUGAAGAUUCUGGAAUUAUCACCUGCAGAGCCGCCAACGCUAGCGGACAUACCGAGACAUCAGGAAGACUAUCAUGCCAAAUCAAGGGAGCUGUCAUCUCUGAUAGCCAACUGCCAGAGGAGAUGCAAGGUAUCCAGAAGACACUGCAGUAUGAUGAAUACCUCAGAGGAUCUGAUGACGGACUAGCCAGAGAACACCCUUCCGGUUAUGGGACUCGCAUCCAAGAGGCACAAAGAGCACCCCCACCAAACUUUGUCAUCCCACCCCGGGAUGUUAAGAAACAUGAGGGCAAAGAUGCACGAUUUGCCUGCAAGAUUGAACCCAUGGGAGAUGGCUCCAUGAAGGUGGACUGGCUGAAGAACGGCCGUCCGCUGGUGUCAAGCUCCAGGAUCAAGACCACGUUUGAGUUUGGCAUUGCCAGUCUCGAUAUCAAGGGUGUCUAUGCAGAGGACGCUGGUGUCGUUACUUGUCGUGCAGUCAAUGAGAGUGGAAAGAACGAAGUCUCUUGCAAACUCAUCGUACACACCAAAGACAGCCUAGUUACUGAAAGCCAGCUACCAGACAGCAUGAGAGAAGGCAUUGCGAAAACACUGGAAUAUGAUCGUUCUAUCAGUGAUGAUGGUAUUGUGAAGGAUGGCAGACCGUCACGACAUGAGCAUGGUACGUUCCAUGAGCCAGCAAAGGCUGCUGCACCUCGCAUUCUCGUUCCUGUCAGCCCACUGCAAAGACCAGAGGGACAGAGGGCACACUUUGCUUGCCGUAUUGAACCAGCUAACGACCCCACAAUGACGGUAGAAUGGUUACAGGAUGGACGACCACUUGCCACUGGUUCUCGCAUUAGGAGUGUAUUUGAGUUUGGCAUUGCCAGUCUGGACUACAAGGAUGUCACUGCAGAAGACUCUGGGACGAUCACCUGUGUCGUCACCAACGAGAGCGGGAGAACCGAGAGUUCAGCGAGAUUGGUUUGCCGAGCCCAGGGUAGCCUUAUCAUGAAGAGUCAACUCCCAGAGGAGAUGCAGGCGGGGAUUGAAAAGACACUGGAGUACGAUCGUUCUCUCAGUGAUGAUUCUGGCCAGCGCUUCCACACUGGCGAGAUCGUAGAACCAGCUAAAGCACGGCCGCCCAAGUUUGUCAUCCCCUUGAACAAUGUCAUGAAGAAGGAAGGAGAAACGGCACACUUUGCCUGCAAGCUGGAACCAGCAAGUGACAACACGAUGAGGGUAGACUGGCUCCAGAACAACAGACCAGUCGUCACAGGAUCCCGUGUGAAGGCAAAGCAUGAGUUCGGUCUGUGCUCUCUGGACAUGAAAGGUGUCUAUCCUGAGGAUUCAGGAACGAUCAUCUGCAGGGCCCAGAAUGAGAGUGGACGAGCGGAAACAUCUGGAAAACUUGUCUGCAAAGCCCAACAUGCCCUCAUUAUGGAAACACAACUUCCAGAGGAUAUGCGAGGAAUCGAGAAGACACUUGAAUAUGAAGAGUUCCUCAAGUCAGAGGGAGGGCCAGUGGAAGGUAUUGAGCAGACCGAAGGACCCUCGCCACCGCAGUUUGUGACCACACCUGAAUCCUGUGAAGCCGUCGAGGGUGAUCUUGCUAGAUUCACAGUCAGAUUGAUCGGCAAUCCUAUACCAAGGGUCAUCUGGUACAAAGAUAACAUCAUGCAAGCUGAUGGUUCUCGCAUGAAGAUCUGGUUUGACGGACUCCACUACCUGGACAUCCCUAAGGCCAGGCCAUCAGACAGCGGCAUCUACAAGGUGGUAGGCAGGAACAAGUUUGGCAUGAUCUCACAUGAGACAAGGCUCCACGUCUUCAGGAAGAACGAUCCUGGAGUACAGCUCAGAGUAACUGGCAGAGACUUGAAAUCAGGUGUUGUCAUGAACAAGGAGCUCAAACAUGAAGAGGUUUCGCCGGAACUUCAGGAAGCUCUACAGAAGAGAAAGGGGUAUAAGCCUGUAUCAGUGGCCCUUAAGACUGACGCAACUGAAGUGGCGAAGCCAACGAGUGAACUUGAGGCAAGAUUUGCCAAAUUGCAUGACAAAAACCAAUCGUCGAUUACCCUUAAGCCCAAAACCAAAGUUCCCCCUCCUGUUGCCAAGAAACCUACCAGUAAGAGUAGCGAGGAAGCUCCAAUUCAAGCUCAACGGGUACAGCCUGCCCAGAUGGACGUGAAACUCUUUGACAAAGAGGAAGUCAAACCUCAAUCGGUCCAAAAGGAAUACGCAAGCUGUCCUGGUAUGUUUGACAGCACUUUACCCUUUAGUUCCGAGUCUGAAUCAGAAAAUGAGACAGAUCCACCAGUAGAGGAAGUUGUGAUUGCGACGACUAAAGAAAGUCCCAAGACUGUAGUACUGGAAAAAGUUCUUGCUGCUGAACCUCGCCGGGAGAGCAGUCCCGAUUCUUCAUCAGAUGAGGAUUUAUACCAUAUCUAUGAAACAAGCAUUACUCCAGGGCCACCUGAGGACAGUCAUUUAGCCCAGGCGAUCCAAACCAACGUGGCUGAUCUUCUUCUUUCAUCAGACGAGGAGGAACAAGAACAAAGUAAAGCAAGAUCUUCAUCAGAGUCUUCAUCUGAUGGUGAUUAUUAUGAAGAGCUUCAUUCUAAGCCAAGAGGCAAGGAAAGGGCUACCUCAGUGGCAUCCUCAGAGGAUGGAUAUUUGACUCCUGACGAAGUUAAAAGGAAAACAGAAGAAGACCACGCGACAAAUUUGAGUCCCAAAGAGCCAAGAGACAAGGACAGGGCUCCCUCAGUGGCCUCCUCAGAGGAUGGAUAUUUGAGUCCUGACGAAGUUAAAAGGAAAGACCAUGAGAAGAGUUUGCUUCCCAAAGAGAUCAAGGAGAAUUCAGAUAAAUCACGCUCAUCAAUUUUAUCCAGCUCAUCAAGUUCAUCCAGUGAGGAAGAUGAGAACGGAGAAGUUGCGACCAAUCAAAAGGCCUCUACAGUACGAGGAGUAAAAUCUAUCGCUCCUAAGAUCCUCAUUCCUCUUGAUGACCUCACCUGCAAGGAUGGUGAGGAUGUCUUCUUCGAGGUGGAAUUUGUCGCCUCUCCCAAGCCAGAGGUACUCUGGUACCUGGACGGCAGCCUCAUCCGCCACUCUGAAGAUUUUGAGAUCCUAAUUGACAGCACGUCAAGUUCACUCUUCAUUCAAGAAGCCUUCCCCGAUGACUCUGGUAAAUUAACUGUGACCGUUAAGAACAGCGAGGGUGAGGCCAGCUGCUCUGCAUGUUUAACAAUCGAAGAUAUGCCAGCAAGCCGACCUGUAACUCAAGGUCAGGCCCCUGAGUUCUUGAUGCCCCCACAGAAGACCGUAACUGCAGCCGGUGAACCAGCUAGGUUUAUCGUCAGAGUGGCUGGUACACCAACCCCUCGUGUGGACUGGUCUAGGGCUGGCCAGAAGUUAUCCAGCAACCCUCGCUUCAAGAUGCUACAAGACGAAGACACUCAUACUCUCUUGGUUCUCGAGAGUAGACCUGAAGACUCGGGGAUGUACCGAUGUGAAGUCGUCAACUCUGCUGGCUCCGUCAGCCACACGGCCCCUUUAGUUGUGGAAGGUGGCGACAUGCCAGUAGAUGAGAGAGUACCAGGGAGUGGCGUAGCACCAGUUAUCCACACACCAACCAGAAGUGUGGAAGUGUCUGAAGGAAGCCCUGUAGAAUUUGCUUGUCAGGUCUCGGGAACUCCCGCUCCGACAAUCACCUGGUAUCUGAAAGAUGCAGUCAUCAAGCCUUCCCGCUACUUCCGUAUGUUCUACCAAGACGGUGUUGCACGCCUCCAGAUCAACGAGGUCUUCCCUGAAGACGCUGGCACCUACAAGUGUGAGGCGCGCAACGGCCUCGGCGAGGCCUCCUGCAGCGCACAGCUGCUUGUCGCAGUUGAAGAAAUUCAAUCGGCGGCCGUGCCCCCUAAGUUUGUAAAGAAGAUUCAAAAGGUCGAGGUCACCGAGGGUCACCCGGCCAGGUUUGACUGCAAGGUCACAGGCAGUCCCCGGCCUGAAAUAAAAUGGUAUCUGGAAGGGAAGGAGAUUGCCAGUUCACCGUACAUGAGAAUAACGGACUCACCUGAUGGAACCAGUUCAUUGGUCAUCCAGGAGGUGUUUGCUGACGACUCUGGCCGGUUCACGGUCAAGGCAUCCAACCCCGCUGGUGAGGUCACCUGUAGCACCCUGCUUGUCGUAGAAGGAGACACCAAAACUGUGGUUGAGAUUGAGGAAGUCACUGUUGAGAAAGAGAGCGAAGAGACGGUGGAGGUGGAGGUGAUCAUGCCCGUAGAGAAACAACCUGAAGAUGUAGAGAUUGAAAUCACCUUGAUGCCCCCAGAGUUUGUAGAACCCAUCUUGAGCCUCGAGGUCGUGGAAGGCGAUAAGGCGGUGUUUGAGGCCCAUGUGAUUGGAUCGCAACCCAUUGAGAUAACAUGGUACCACUCCAAAGAACUUCUACAGGACGCUCCUGAGUUUGCAAUUGUCUUUGAUGGCAAGAUUUGCACUCUGGAGAUCUCGGAGGUGUUCUCUGAAGACUCUGGUGAAUAUAUAUGCAAGGCAUCCAAUCCAGUGGGUGUUACAACCUGUCUAGCAACUCUCAAUGUCUCAGAAGGGGCUGAAAUAACCAAAAGCAAACUUACAGAGGUUUCAGCAACCCAUGUGAUUCCCAGCGUUCCUGACUCUGAAAAGCUCUUGAGUAAGCAGCAACCCUCUUCUAAAACUGUCAAAUCGGUGCCUGAACUGAAACAGGUUUUCCCAGAUAUCAGAAGUGAAGGAAAGGGUGAUAUUCCAACACCACAACCCUCUGUUCAGAACUCAUCUGAUGUUGUUGACAAAGUGUGCCCUAUGAAAGUGGACAAAUUAACCUGCAAACCAAAACUAACCAGAGAUUUCAAUGUUGACGAGCCGUCAAACCAAUCACAUUCUGACAAAUUUGGAAGAGAUUCUCCCUUAGAUGAAACAAAAAGUGCCCUGAAUGCUUCCACACCGUUCAAACCAAAAAAUGAUGGCAUUAUUGACACGGAAGAAUCUCAAGCACCAACCCCUUUCAGAAAAACCAAGUCUCUGAAAGCACUGUCUCUCAUGUAUGCUGUUGAGGAGGAUGAGUUUUGUGCACAAUCCACUAACGCACCUUAUGCUAGUUCCAUAACUGCACAGUCCCCUGCACCACAGACACAAUCCCCUCCUGUUAAGAAGUCAACCCUAAGAAGUUCACUGAAGUCAAUUUCAUCUUAUUAUUCAGCGGAUGAGUUUAGCAGCAGCUCCCCAGAACAAGUACAGGUUGGCCCUGGCAAUUUGGCAAAUGAUAUUUUGACGGAUGACGUUUCAAGCAUUGAAACACUUGAAGCUGAUUUAGAGAAGGAAGAUAUUAAGAGCAAGAAUGAAGAGGUUGCGAUUGUGGUUGAUUUGAAAGGAGUUGGGUCUCCAUCUGGAAAAAUUAAUGGGACUUUGAUGAACAGGGAAGAAGAAAGGGUAGAUGUUGGCUCAGAAGAAGAUCAAUCUGAGGGUGAUGAAUCUGACGAGUCAAGUGAUAUAGAAGAAAAUUCAGUGCGGGAUGAGGCUGAUGGUGAAGAAAAUAAGUCUUGUAGCGACAAAGAUUCAGGUGAGUUGGCUAAAGGGGAAGGUGAGAAGUCAAGUAUCGAAGCCUCUGAUGAUGAUGAUGAUGAAAACUCUAAAUCUGGUAUUGAUUUACCACAGGAGGAUGCAGUUACUGCUCUCAAAACAUGUGAUGUUUAUGUGUCGGUUCCUGAUGCUGAUGAAGUCACUACAGAGAAAAGACCAAAGCUAAAACUCAAAUGUUCAGAUAGUUUGGAUGUUGAUGAUGGUGUAGAAAUACCACCAAUGAUCACUGUCACUUCUCCCGGUGGUUCUUGGCGAGAACACAUAUCCUCCUCAGAAGAUCUUAUCUCAUCUCUAGAAUAUGAAAGCACUGACAAUGAAGAAGAUGGCAACAAUCAGUUAUCAGUUUCAUCAGAUGAUGAAGGUCAGGUUGGAAUCAAGGUUGAAUCAAAAGAUCCUGAAGAGGGGCUGCUUGAGGAUGUCUGUAGCAAGAGUUCAACUCCAGUUAAGGUAUUUGUGUAUGAAAUUGAAGAAUGUGAAGAGCCAGAUAUUGUAAAACCUCCACAGGACUGUAGGGCGAUAGUGAAUGGUGUUGCAUGCUUUGAGGUAAAAGUCACUGGAAAUCCACCACCAAAUGUAACAUGGUUUAAAGAUGAAAAAGGGGUCAACGACCCGAGGAUGAACAGUGUCGCCAGCACCGGUUGCAGUUAUUCUUUAAUUAUUACUGAUGUUACGAAGGGGGAUGAAGGAAUAUACACGUGCACUGCAAAGAGCAUUUUGGGACUGGAUAGUGCAACGGCUGAACUGAUUGUUGAAGAGGAGGAAGUUAAACCAAAGCGUUUGUCAUCUCCCCUGAAGAAACCCUUCAUCUAUGAUGAGUUAGAAGAAUGGAAACCACCAAAGCGCUCACUCGACUCUGUCUCCAAAGUCAAACAGGAGGAAGUUGAAAUGGAAGAAAAGAUCGAGGCAGAAAGUGUUCAGAUUGAGAUGAGAAGGCCAUCAUUGGGAAAAUCAAGUUCAUCUUCAUCACAUGGGUCUGAUGAAGAGAUAGAGGUAGAUGAUCGAGAUGAUAAUAACGACAGAGGCGGAAGUGUAAGGUCUAGGUCGACCUCCUCCUCUUCAUCAUCUUCUUCCUCCUCCUCCUCCUCCUCCAGUACAACUGAAAAUGAGUACAUUCUCCCCGGCAAUCCUGUAUCUUCUGGAAGCAUCUCGCUGCCAAAGAUACAGCAAGACAGCAGCUCUGAUUCAGGGGCAACAAGUGACAUUGAAGUCAAUGCUGCAAUGCAGAAACCUGUUGAGGAGCUGCCACCGGAUAAUGGGUCUGAUUCAAACUCAGAAGUAUCUUAUCAUGAAGUCAAUAACGAUGGUCAUUGUCAAUCUGGAGAAAGAAGAUCAUCAGACUCAAAUGCUGAAGAUGCCGAUGAAAAGAUUGGUGAGGAUAAAGCAGAUGCAAAGAGGUCUGGAGUUUCUUCAGAUGAGAAUUCUGAGGAGGAUCCCGCUGCAGCUCCUUAUAUAACAGAAGUCUAUCUAGAAAAGAGCAAAAGUUACUCAUUGUCAUCUGGAGGCUCAAAGACGGAAAGUGACACUGAUACAGAUCUUAAAAAAGAUCCUUUAAGCCCUCAGGUUUCAUCUGAUGAUGGAGAGAACUUGGAUGUGAACCAGGACAGUGAAUCUCCAUCGAUAUCUAGUCCAACUGCUUCAAGCGAUGACGAGCAUUCGUCUGAUGAACCAAGAGGUGAAUUCACAAACGGGAAAGAAUUUAGCCCUGCAUCCUCCCAUGAGAAUGAAGAGGGUACUCCUACGGUCAUACAGACGUAUCUGGAAUGGGUUGGUCCUAGGUACCCAGAACAAAAUAUUAAUAUUCACUUGAAAGGAGGGAAAAGGGCAGAUUCUUUCGAUAAUGAAGACAGAAAUAUUGAUCACUCUGAAGACUUCCCAACAAGUUCUUCAUCUUCUGAGGAUGAAAGUGAUAAGAAAACAGAAGAAUACAUACAUCAAACUCUUUCAAGUACUCAGAAAGAACUGCCCGAAGUAUUCCACAAAUUUCUAGAGGCUGAACCAAAGACAGCAGAACCAACUUCCUCUGAAUUUGAGGUUAUUUCUUACAAAGAAGUCCACAUCAGAUCUUCUGACUCUGAUUCAGACUUAUCAUCAGGAAGUAACAAGCCUAUUGCGAUCUAUGAAACAUCGGUAUUCCAGCAGACGAUUGAGAAGGUCUCAGUUAAACAGGUUUUGACUCAAGAAGUAUCAUCUGUUGAAUCUGAGGAGAUUGUCUUUCAUAUCAAAACCAGGAGGGAGACUUCAUCCGGAAGUAGCUCAUCUUCUGAAGAUAGCGACGGAAAAAUUGACAACGAUAUAAGAAGUUUCCGAUUACCCGGUGAAGUUGGACAGAGCUACAUUCCGCUACACAUCAAACUCAAUGUACCCACAUCAUCACAUGAAAAUAACCAUAAGUCCAGCUCUUUGACACUUAAUGUAAAUACAGAAUCUCCAAAUCCAAGAGUCGUGGAGGUAUUCCUAGAGUGUGCCCCUAGAAAUGCCCUGCAGUCAGUGACGUCACCAGAGAGAAGACGACAAAUACGGAUUUCACAACCAGGCACUGGUAUUGAACCUGUCACUUUGUUCCCGUCCACUAGUGAUGGUAGUGAUGUGGAAUCACCAGCUAUUGGGCAAGAGGACAUCACUGUUGAUGCUAUAAAUGAUUCAGUUGUAGUCAAAGUCAGUCAGACUACUGAAGAGGAGCCUUGUUUGGAAGUCGUAGUCGCUGAGCCUGAUCAGAAACAUGAGCAAGCACAGGAAAUACCAUCAAGCAGCAGUGAGGAGGGAGAGUAUGAGUCUAUGGAUUCUCCUGAAAGAAUAAUCUCUGAUGUUAGUCAGACUACUGAUGAUGAUGAUGAGCCUUGUUUGGAAGUCAUAGUCCCUGAACCUGAUCAGAAACAUGAGCAAACACGGGCAGUAUUAUCAAGCAGCAGUGAGGAGGGAGAUUAUGAAUCUAUGGAUUCUCCUGAAAGAAUAAUCCCUGAUGUUAAAGAACCUAAACCUGAUGUGGAACUCACUAACUUAUUACCAGUAAGUGAUUUCAGUGAUCAAGGAUCUCUAGUCCGUGAAGAACGCCUACCUUCAUUUUGGUCUCCAACAAAGGCAGCUUUAAUAAAUGAUUUAGAACCCUCUCUGUGUGCUCCUUGUUUCACCAAGGAGCUUCAAGACAUCACUGUUCUUGAGGGUGAUGCCGCAAUGCUACAGUGUUACGCCAAGGGUAACCCAUCCCCCAAUUUUGUGUGGUUUAAGGAUGGUAAAGAGAUUGAUGAAGAUGAUGAGGUUUAUGACAUCAACACCAUGAUUUAUGAGGACUGCUACACAGAGCUGGUCAUCCAUGAAGUGACUCCUGAUAAUGAAGGGGAGUACAGAGUGGAGGCCAGAAGUGCGCAAGGAGAGAAACUCUGCAAGGCGUAUCUUAGUGUUGAGGUCUUGGAUGAAGAAGGGGAAACUGGGACAUCUGGUGAAAGUGGUUCAUCUGAUAGAAGUGAUUCAUCUGAUAAAAGUUCAGAUUCUAAAGAUUCAAGUGACAGUGAAUCUGAUUCUCAAAAAACAGAUUCCAAGGACAACAGCAGAAAGGACCCAACACCACCUGAGAAAAAAAGGGACGAGGCAGUUGACAUGAUCGAUUCUUCCACAGUUAUUUCAGACUCUGACUCUAACAUUGAAGCUGAUCAAGUCCAGGUGGACCAAGAAUCACCUCUGGAAUCAACUCCAAUCAAUCCCGGGUCAAGUUACGCCAGCGCUGAUGAUCCUAAGUGGAACUCCUGUUUUGUUAGCGAAGAUGGAAAGCAACAGCUGGUGUACGCCAAGUAUGAAGAUGCUCCCCAGUCAAUGGUGUUUGAAAGUAAACUGUGCACCAUAGGCCAGGCUCUUGUUGAACCUCCAACAGACCUACUUCUGCCUACAGAACCUUUAGAAAAAUUUCCUGUCUCUCCUGAAGAUAACAAGAUAAGCUUUGAAGACAAACAGAAUAAAGAAAACAACAACCAGAAUGAGCUCUUACCAGAUGUCUUGGAGCAGGUUGCUUGGGAGUCAGGCAAUCUCCCUCCUAACCAAACAACAGAAGAAGACCAGGCUGCAGUCGAACCUGAUUUGUGUAUAGCUGGAACCACUGAGGACUGCUUCCUGACAGAGAAUCCAGAGACGGAGCAUGUUCCUCAUUCCUCAGAUGUCUUGCCUGUGUCCGGAUCAUUGCAUGCCACCAAUGAAGAUUUGCCCACUUCGCCUAAGGAGAAGAUCGACGAAGAGAAGCCUGUCAAGGAAGUGCCCCAACCGGAGGUUCUUCUGGCUGAUCAGAAGCCCCUCCCAGAGCAAGAGGAAUCCAACAUCAUCCCUGUUGAGAUCCUUCCAGAGAAGACUCCCAAGGAGAUCCUCUUGGAGGCGGAUUACCAAGAGCUUCCCAAGGAGGAGCUUGCGGACCUCAUCCCCCCACGCUUCACCAAGACGAUCGAUACCCUGAGCGUGGCUGAUGGAGAUAUGGCACGCUUCACCGCUGUUGUCUUUGCCAAGCCAAUGCCAGAAGUGAAAUGGUACGUGGAUGGGUCUGAGAUCAAGGAUGAGCCAGAGUAUGAGGUGACCUCUACUGAUGAUGGUGUUUGCACUCUGACCUUACCAGAGGUCAUUCCUGAGGAUGAGGGAGAAUACAUGUGCAAGGCUGUCAACACGAGAGGGGAAGAUACAUGCACGGCAAUGCUCUUUGUGGAAGAGAUCAAAAAGCAACCAGAAGAACAAGUCCUUGAGAAAUCUGAGAUUGAACUUCAGAGGGAAGCCCCAAAACCAGAACUAAUACAACUUGAGAUAGACACUAAGAAGCCUCAAAAGCCAACUGUAGAGAAGUCCUCCAUCACAAUGGAGGCGAAACCUCGCCCAGAAACACGGGAAACAACGACGCUGGGUCUGGAUGUGAAGGAUACACGUCCUCUACAGGAGCUUGAGCUGGCACUUCAGGUCGAUAAACACGCACCAGAGGAACUUUUGCCGCCAUCCUUCAUCCAACCAAUUGUGACAAUAAUUGUGAAAGAUGGAGACAGUGCACGGUUCACAGCGGUCAUCAAGGGUGUCCCCACACCAGAAAUAACAUGGCUGAGGGACGGGGUUAACCUUCGGGAGGCCCCCGAGUUCAAGAUCACCAUCGAAGGCAACUUCUGUGAGCUGAUCUUGGAGGAAUGCUUCCCCGAGGAUGGGGGCAAAAUUACAUGCAAGGCUUCAAAUCCUGCCGGCGUUGCUACCUGUUCAGCUAAACUUAUCGUCAGAGAGGAAGACUCCACUGAAGUCGACACCGAAGUUGAGGUGUUAACCACUCGCAAGACAGUCACCAUGACCACAGAGUUCAUCCAAGAUGAGGAGGUGCUUCCUGUAGAGUUUGAAAUCAUGCCGCAGGAGGAAAUCCCAGUGGAAGAGAAGCCAGUCCAACCCACCGUCUCCGAGGAGGUGAAAGAGGCUCCUAAGAUUGAGGAGCUACCCAAGGAGGAUGUGGAGGUUCCAGAGAAACCUGAGACAGUUACUGUAGUGCCUGUGGUUGAAGAAGUCCCAGAAGUGACUGAAGAAGCUGUUCCCGUUCCAGAGGAACAGAAACCUGAAGUGGUUGAAGUGACUGAAAUUACUGAAACAGUUGUCGUCACAAAGAAGACUACUGAAACAAUUGAAGUGGAAGUAACAAGACCAACUGAAACCACAGAGAACAUUUUCGUCGCUAUGGGCAACUACCUAGCUGAGUCGGAAGAGGUUAUGUCCCUCCGUGAGGGAGACAAACUGACCGUUCUUGAUGAGGGUACUGGGGAUUGGUGCCUGGCUCGUAGUGAGAUGACACAAGAGGAGGGCUGGGUACCGAGAGCUUACCUGGCGACCGAGGAACAGUAUGAAGAUCGCCUUGAGGAGCAGUUACAGGAGAAUAUCAGCAUGUUGCCCACUACAGCCACUUUUUCUGGCACAGAGGAAAUGCUGGAUGGUGAAGCCGAGGCACCUGUCUUCAUCGAGCCUCUAGACACAAGCAAGUGCAAAGACGGUCAACCAGUGACCCUGAGAUGCCAAGUAGAGGGUAACCCCAUGCCGACCAUCGCCUGGUAUCGACAGAGCACCCAGAUUCCUCUCUCGGAGGACUUUGAGAUGGAGUACGAUGGCAGCAUAGCAACAUUGAUGAUCCGGGAAGUCUUCCCUGAAGAUUCCGGGAAGUAUACUUGCGUUGCUAAGAACAUUGCUGGGAUGGCUUCAACCAGUGCAGAGCUACUCGUUGAAGUCAACUUGUCCGAUGCUGAGAGCUUUGAAGGAAGCCACACACCAGUAUCAAGGAAGAGUCUUUCAAGGGAAUCCACUGUUGAUGAACCAGAGGGCAUCAAGCCUGCCUUCAUGUCCAAGGCCAAAGCCAGACGUGUCGACGAGGGUAACAACAAGGUGAUCUUUGAGUUCCGUCUCAUCGCCGCACCCCGCCCGACCAUCUGCUGGUUCCACAACGACCAGCCUAUCGAGGAGACAUCUAGGAGAAGGAUGAGCAUGUACGCCGACGUUCAUCUGUACAUUCUCACGCUGGAGUUGAGCGACAUCAAUCCAGAAGAUGAUGGGGUCUACCGCAUUGAAGCCAGAAAUAAGGAGGGAGUCGCAUCUGCGACUGUGGUCCUUGAAGUCAAUCGACUCUUAACCAAGCCAAGUCCGUUACCAGCCAUGCAUGUCCAGGAAUGUUCGACAUCGUCUGAGAUAGCCCUCUGCUCUCCGUCUUUGCAUGAUUCUUCUAACAUACUUGAUAGCUCCAACCAAGAAUGGGUUAUGUCUGAAACUUGUGAUGUCCAAUGCUCAGUGAUCACAGGUGAAGAGCCAGAGCCUCCUCGAUUUGAGGAGCCUCUCGUCUCCAUAACGAUUAAAGAAGGGGACGAGGCUAAGUUUGAGUGUCGCAUCAGCGGCAAUCCAAAACCAGAGGUCAAUUGGUUCCGAGACAACGUCAUGCUGAAUAAGACCGACGUAUCUGAGAUUGGUCAUGACAAAACCGACAAAUACUGGGUCACAAUGAAGGAGACGGUUGUCGGUGACUCUGGAACCUUUACCUGUUUGGCUGAGAACAUUGCUGGACGGACAAUUAGUGGAGCGGAACUCAUUGUACAGACAGAAACAGAAACUACUACUGUCGUGACGACAGAGGAGACCGUCACCGAGGUCACUGAGGUCAUCAAACAGGUUGAAGAGCACGUCGAAGAAGAGUUGCCAGCAGAGGUGGAAGGUCAACCCCCUAAGUUCAUGAAGCAGCCAGAAGAUGUUGAGGCUCAGCCUGGUCAACGGGCCGUACUUACUGUCUUGGUCUCAGGAUCACCAUUACCAGAAGUCACGUGGUACCGAGAUGGCAAGGUGAUAGAGCCCAGCAGGCAUCACAACAUGAUCGCUGAUAAUGAAGGCAACGCUUCCUUUGUAAUCGCUGAGGCAAAACCAGAGGAUGAUGCCGAGUAUCUGUGCAAGGCUCAGAACAAGUUUGGCAUGGCAACAUGUCGUGCAGACAUCAUUGUUGAGGACGAAUUUAGCGUCAAGAAAGACACACCAAAGGUUGUUGUUCAGCCAGAUCAUCUGGACCAACCAAGCCGAGACACAGAGCAAAUCAGCACGAGUGAAGCUCCCUCUAUAUCUGAGGAGGAGUUUGAUCUUGACGACCAGAGUUUUAGUGCCGUCAUGAUGCGGUCUCCCCUCCACAGUGUAGGGUUAAGCCUGCAAGAGGUCAUGCCAGAGUUUGAGGAGUUCUCAACUGAGUCCGAGAUUGAGAUCAGGGUUUCAACGGAGGACGUCUCCAAGGAGAAACCAGAGGAGGAAGUAUCUGAGGAGAUGUCGAUGGAGAUCAUAGACGGAGUUGAAGUGAUGAUCCCACUGAAGAAGAAGAAGCCGGAAAAGAAACCAUCAAUGACCGAAGAGGAAGCAGCAUUUGAACUGAAACCUCGACGAGAGUCCCAAGAUGUGGCUGCUGGAUUUAGGAUACCAAGACCUGGAGAGGACAAAGAAGCUAAGGUGACCCUAGAGACACCAUCUGAGAAACCAGAGAAAGAGGUCCCAACUGAGGCAGCCCCUAAGGAGUUCAAGGAGAUGCAGUUCAAGAUACCUGUACCUGAAGACAAGGCUGCACCCGUUACAGAUGAAGUAGUUCUUGCUGUAACAGUUGCUCCUGAAGAAGAACAACCUACAGAAGCUGCUCCUGAUAAGCCUGUAGAGAAGCCAACCUUCAUCAAGCCUCUUAAGCCACAAGAGAUUGUCGCUCACUCAGAGUCAAUGCUCACCUGCCAGGUGAUUGGAAACCCGAUGCCAACUGUCUCCUGGUUCCUGGACGAGGCAGAGAUCAGGCCAGAUGAUGAGCGAUACAGGAUGGAGCAGCAGCCAAAUGGAGUUUGCACUCUGACGAUUCGAGAUGUCCUCGCUGAAGAUGAAGGGGAUUACACAGUAAAGGCAAUCAACACAGUCGGGAGUGAUACAACAGAGGCUGAGAUGAUUGUUGCACAAGAAAAAAAACCUACAGAAAAAUCCCCAGUUGAGGAGGAAGUUACUGAGGCCCCUAAAUUUGUCGAGGAUAUGGUGGACAUGGAGAUUAUCACUGGGCAUCCUGCCCAGUUUGAUGUCCAGGUGAGUGGGAUCCCAAUGCCCACUCUAAGCUGGUAUCGCGAUCGAAAGGAGAUUCUACCCAACGAGCAUUUCGCGAUCGAGUUCACCGAAGAGGACGGGUUCGGUUCCCUCAUCAUCAAGGAGGUCCUCAGCGAUGAUGAUGCUGAAUACACCUGCAAGGCCACUAAUAAGGCUGGCCAGGCAAUCUCCAAGGCGGACCUCUUCUUACAACCAGCUCACAAGAAGGAGCCGGACGAACAUCCACCCCUGUUCAUAACUACUCUUCAGAAGACAACAUGCAUUGAAGGCGACAGCGUAAACUUUGUCUGUAAGGUCUUUGGGACUCCAGAGCCCGACGUAACAUGGUACAGAAACAGCGUUGAGAUUAAGCUAGGCCCUAAGGUCUCAAUGGAUUACGAUGAGUCCGGCAUGUGCACCCUUCUCAUCAGGACAGUUAGCAUGGAGGAUGUUGCCACAUAUUCCUGCAAGGCGACCAAUGUAGCUGGAGAGGCAUCCACAAAAGGAGAACUCAUCGUUGAAGUUGCCGCCAGCAUCCUGGAAGGACCCGAGAGUUUGACCGUGAGACGUGGUGCCCCAGCAACACUGACCUGUAAGAUUGGUGGGCUUCCCAAACCAAAGAUCCGCUGGACCCACAACGGCAAGGUCGUGAAGCACACCAAGAGAGUGUAUACAGAGAGGACAGAGUCGAGGACGACACUGGUUAUCAAGGAGACGGAGGUGGAGGACCAUGGGAAGUACAAUGUUUCUGUGGAAAACUCAGCGGGCACGGAUGAGAGAUAUGUCACACUGGCUGUCAUUGAUGUACCAGACUCCCCCAGUAAACCAGAAGUUGCAGACGUCUCCCACACCUCCAUCACUCUGAGCUGGACCAAACCACUCUAUGACGGGGGUAUCUUCAUUACCAGCUACAUGGUGGAGAUGAUGGACAUUGCCAAGCAGACUUGGUUGACUGUUGCCACCGAGCUCCAGACACCGACCUACACUGCUGCUGAUCUGACCCCAGGAACUGAGUAUCUGUUCAGAGUGAUUGCCAUUAACGAUGAAGGCAUGAGCAAACCUAGCCAGACAUCAGUCUUCGUCACAUUAGGGAAAGAUGAGAAGUACAAACCAAGACCAGUAGAGGAGAGUGUUGACCAGCCGUCCUUGAAGGCCCAGUUACUCUCCCAGGAAGAGGUCAAAAGAGCACCCUCCUUCAUUGAAAAACCAGAAGUGGAGGAAACACCGGAAGGAACUGAGGCCACAUUCCGCUCAAAGGUGGAUGGAUUCCCCAAGCCCACUAUUACCUGGAACAAGGGAUGGAAGCAGAUCAAAGCUGAAGGGAGAUUCACCAUCAGCUAUGACGAAGACACAGAAGAGAGCGUCCUGACAAUUAAAGACACCACGCCUACAGAUGCUGGAAAG